CCCAGGCCCACCGCGGGAGGCCGGCGCGUCCGGACCCGCUGCGCGAUGCCGGCCGCUUAGGAUCCAAAGCUUCAACACUCGUUUUAUUCUUUUCUUCUAAAAAAAAAACAAACAAAAACAAAACAAAACAAAACAAAACAAAGAGGAGGGGAAAUUCUGGUCGGUGGCAGGCAGCCCGGCACACACACCCGCCCUCAUACCCUGGCAAAAGCAGAUGCACUUUGACUUCUGACAGCUCUACCUCAAGCCCAAGAGAACUCCACGGCGCUUUCCCUGCAACCCGAGCUCGCCGCGUCCUGCUCUUCUUUCUCUGGCUCCUUUUUAUUUAUUUCUGUCCCGUCGCUGCUCUCGGUGACCUUCACUCCUCCUAGGGCUCUGGGCCGAACAGAGCUCUGGGUCGCUUUCUCUCCCGCCUGAGACUCUUGCUGGUCCCAGGAGCUGCAGCCGCGCUGCUGUGCCCCGGUGCCCUGGGACUCCCAGGCUGCACACUCCACCGAGGUGCCCACCGCUCCCCAUCAGCCUCAUUUCCAGCCCCUUUUGAUUUCUUGGUGCGGGUUUUGGCUUGCACCCCCAGUGUGUCUCCUCUUUUUGGAGGGGUUGGGGAGCUCUUGCUGACGUCUUCGGGAAUCAUCCCCUAGGCUCUACUUGCUCUUCUCUCUCCCGGCCUCAGGCCUCACCCGACCGAACCAAAGACCAUGGUGCACUGUGCUGGCUGCAAAAGGCCCAUCCUGGACCGCUUCCUCUUGAACGUGCUGGACAGGGCCUGGCAUGUCAAGUGCGUCCAGUGCUGUGAAUGUAAAUGCAACCUGACCGAGAAGUGCUUCUCCCGGGAAGGCAAGCUCUACUGCAAGAACGACUUUUUCCGAUGUUUCGGUACAAAAUGCGCGGGCUGCGCACAGGGCAUCUCCCCUAGUGACCUGGUGCGGAGAGCACGGAGCAAAGUGUUUCACCUAAACUGCUUCACCUGCAUGAUGUGUAACAAGCAGCUCUCUACUGGCGAGGAGCUCUAUAUCAUCGAUGAGAACAAGUUUGUCUGCAAAGAGGAUUACCUAAGCAACAGCAGUGUCGCCAAAGAGAACAGCCUCCACUCGGCCACCACGGGCAGUGACCCCAGUUUGUCUCCGGACUCCCAAGACCCAUCGCAGGAUGAUGCCAAGGACUCAGAGAGCGCCAAUGUAUCAGACAAGGAAGGGGGCAGCAACGAAAAUGACGACCAGAACUUGGGUGCCAAGCGGCGGGGGCCACGUACCACCAUCAAGGCAAAGCAGCUGGAAACUCUGAAGGCGGCCUUCGCUGCUACUCCCAAGCCCACACGCCAUAUCCGAGAGCAGCUUGCUCAGGAGACUGGCCUCAACAUGCGUGUCAUCCAGGUCUGGUUCCAGAACAGACGCUCCAAGGAACGGAGGAUGAAGCAGCUAAGCGCGCUGGGCGCCCGGCGCCACGCCUUCUUCCGCAGCCCGCGCCGGAUGCGGCCGCUGGUGGACCGCCUGGAGCCCGGCGAGCUCAUCCCCAACGGGCCCUUCUCCUUCUACGGAGAUUACCAGAGCGAGUACUACGGGCCGGGGGGCAACUACGACUUCUUCCCGCAAGGCCCCCCGUCCUCGCAGGCGCAGACGCCCGUGGACCUGCCCUUCGUGCCGUCGUCCGGCCCCUCCGGGACGCCCCUGGGCGGCCUGGAGCACCCGCUGCCCGGCCACCACCCGUCGAGCGAGGCGCAGCGGUUCACUGACAUCCUGGCGCAUCCCCCCGGGGACUCGCCCAGCCCUGAGCCCAGCCUGCCCGGGCCUCUGCACUCCAUGUCGGCCGAGGUCUUCGGGCCCAGCCCGCCGUUCUCUUCGCUCUCGGUCAACGGCGGCGCGAGCUACGGGAACCACCUGUCUCACCCCCCCGAAAUGAACGAGGCGGCCGUGUGGUAGCGGGAUCUCGCAGGGUCCGCGGAGUUCGUGCUUGUACAGAAACGAACCUUUAUUUAAGAAAAAUAGAAAAAAGAAGAAAAAAAACAUU